AUGACUGAAUGGAAUGAACAAGUGACAAAAACAUUUCAAAAUGUUAUCAAUGAUAGACCAGCUGAAAUUGAAACAUUAUAUUGUGCUUCAAAUAAUUGUUACAGCGUUAAUUUAUUCGUCUCUCAUGAUGAUGCUUAUAUUUGCGUUAAUGAUUUUCUUAUUCAUUGUCGAAUGGCAAUAGCUACAGAGGACAUGAACAAUGAUUCAGAAAUUGAAUUGGAUGAAAAUGAAAAACCAAUGCAUACAAUUAUACAAUUGUACUGGAAAGAAGGAGAAUCAAUGAGAAAUAAAGUUAAAAUACAACAGCAGACAAGACAACAAAUUAAUGAAAAGAAAGUCGAAUUACCCUAUUUUAAAGUGAUAAUAAUAUCUUCACAAGAUAAAUUAAUAUUUGCUCGUUAUCAAUUAUACACAUUAAUCCCAUGGUUUAAUAUAUCCGUAAUAUUGUCUGACAUAGAUGAAGAUAUAAUAGAGACAUUUGCAACAAAACAUAAUUUUGAAGUAAUACGUAUAACGCCAUUAUCAGAUCCAAUAUUAUGUUUAAAAUUAUUGAAAACAAUGUCAUUAUUCUCAAAAUGUCCCGUUAGUCGACAUGGUCUAUCUCAAAUAUCAUUAUAUUCUAUUGAUUGUGUAAAAAAAAUGUUAUUAUAUUAUAAUUAUUCAAGAACACAAAUCUAUGAACAAUUGGAUUAUGCUAGAAUAGCGGAAGCAAGCAAAAAUCCAUUAUUUUGGACUGAAGUAUGA